AUGAAAUCCUGGCUUCCUUGGUGGCCCGCAGGCGCUGCUCCUCUUCUUCGUUCGGCCAUUUCGGUAUUUUUCUUCAAGAACCUAAUAUCAUUAUUUCCAAAGAUUCCGACACAAACACCUCCUUCUAAUGAAACCGUCCCUUCAACUACAACUGCAUAUUUGACAACAGGUUUUUGAUGAGAAAAAGGAAAUAGAGUCGAUUAUUUUUUAGAUUAUUCCGUGCCUUCAAAAAACACGUCUCGCAGUAUCACGAAUUAUACAAGUUCUACUCGAGGUAAGUGUUGAAAAGAUGAAAUGAAUACUGAAAAUAAAUACUUGAGCAUCGACGAAGUAUCCAUCAAACACUACCCUUGAUGAUGAAGAUUAUCUAAGCAUCACGACGCCGAAAUCUCCUCUGGAUAAGAAGGACAAGAAUUGGUAGGUGCAGAAAAAUUCAUCGCUAAAAAAAUAAUUAAGGGACUCUCGGCCACUAGGAAUGAUCCAAACGGAUUUGUCGAAAUUGCCGGAUUGUCAGCGAGACUGUUCCAAAGAUUUGAGCGACUCAUUGGGUCUGGUUCUGAAAGACAUGAGCCACGUGGAGCGCUACCAACAAAUUUGCAGGUCUGUUUAUAUGUUUUUCUUUGGAUUGGUUUAGGUAUAGGUGGUAAUAUUAUUUUUUUUCCAUUUAUUUGAGAAAAAAGAUCGUGGUGGGAGUUUUUUUGUGGCAAUUUGAAUUGAAAAAAAAAUUUUAGUGGAAGUAUUAUUGCAUCGAUUUUAGUUAAUAGCAUUAUUUUCAUAAUUAGAAAAAAAUCAAAAUGGUAUGUAGCUUCGUAGAGUUUCAAUUUUUCUAAAAAUAAACUAAAAUUGAUAUAUGAAAAAAUUUCAAAGAAGGGUCCGGACACUGGUAGCGAAAAAAAGUCUCGAACAGCGUCUUGUAUCAUUUUUGCCAAAAAUACAUUUUUGAGCAAUUACAACGAAUCGGUUCAUUGUGUUGAUAAAGAGAAGGAAUGCGAAAAAGAAGAUCGGGGAAUGUUCGACACCUUUACGGCCGGAUUCAAGUACAUGUGCGUCGAUCAGUCGCUCGGUAUUUAUUUUCGUCCAUUUCCAGUUCAUUUGUUAUUAUUAAUUUUUACUCUCACCUGCCUCAACUACGAACUUUGCGCUAGUAAAUUAUAGCUGAUUCACUGCUGGCUACAGCCAUCGGAAAAGGUCCUGACACGAAGAAAAAAGUGACAGUGCCUAAUUGGUGAAGAGCGCAGACAGGCCACACUUCUUUGCGUUUCAAGCUGCCGUGAAUCGACUAUACCCUUCUGAUUGGCUAUCACGAUUUUUUUUGAUCGUUUCAAGGUCGAUUAGAAUGAAGAAAAGUCGAAUUUUAUUUUUAAAAAAAAACUAUUUUUCAAAGUUUCACUUUUCCAGCCUUCAACGCCACAAUCCAGUGCAUCAACGACGUUGCGGGAGUCGUUCAGUCGGGUUUUACUCAAUGAUUUCACAACAUCAACAUGUAAAAAUCCAGAAUGCGAAGACCAAUGCCACACGAAGACGUUCUUCAUGAACUGGAUCAUGCGUUCCACCAUGCAGAACACGAUUCAACAGGGCGUCAACGGAAUCGUCGACGCCGCGACUGGAGGCGCCGGCGCUGGCGCCAACGGAUUUUCUCCCGACGCCUUCAUGGCCAUGGUCAUUACUUGAGUUUAAAUCAAAAAGGCUAAGGAAAAACUUUCUAAACAAAAAAUGACCAGACGAAAAAAACGCCAUUUGAAGUAUAGCCGAUUCACGGUUAGCUUGGGCGUGGCCUGUCUUCGCUAUCCACUAAAAAAGCACUGUCUCUCUUUUUUCGUGUUAGGAUAAUUUUUUUCUAUGGAUCAAGCCAGCUGUGAGACAGCUGUGUGGUAAAGAAUUUUUAGAAAAAUUGAUCACAGAACAAAAUUUAAGAAUCCGGGCGUUAUUAAAACUUAUAUUUAAAAAACUUUUUUAGACUAUAAUUCAUAUUUCCUUCAUUGGAAGUAUUAUCAUUCUCAAUUUCUGUAGCACCAAAGGAUUCAAAAAAAGAAAAAAAUCAAGAAUUUUGGGGAAACUAGUUCGUAACUUUUUUUCAGAGCUUCACGAAUAAUUUGCGUUUGAAAAACGAAGUUUCAUUUAUAAUUCAUUUGAAAUUUUUAAAAUGAAAAUCACGAAAAUUUCACAAAAUUAGUCUAGAAAUAUCAGUGAGAAUAUAACGCUGAACCUUGUAAAAUGACUUUCCCAAAAUUCUCUGGACUUUUUCAGCUCAGAGGCGAAGGACCAGUCCCAAAAGAAGUACCCACUGAACAACAGUUGGAGAAUUUCAAGCAGUUUACUGGUGGAUUGUGCAAGUUUGAAAUGAUACCAAUUUCUAAUCUUUUGAAGCUAUUUUAGAAUAGGCGAUUGUAUUUUGGACUGUAUCCGGCCAAAAUUCAACACGAGAUGCGAGGGCAGCGCCGGAACUUUGCUUUCUGUAAUUAUUCACGAAAAAAAUCGCGAAAGAUAUGUUUUCCAGGAAGUCUUUGUUCGUCCACUCGCCGUGGGUCAGGACAAAAUGACUUUGUUGAGGCCUGUUCUUGGAAUGUUUGUCCCGGAACAAUGCUCCUAUCUUUACAGGUUUUCUGUUGUUAUUUCACGAGGUUUUGGGUUUAUUAAAGGCUCUUCGCCGUGGGACCCUUUUUGAAGUUUGUCAAGCUUUUUUUGAAAGUAAUUUAUAUAUUUUUUUGAUCAUGAUAUUAGUACAUUGUAGGUCAAAAUUAGAGAGAAGUUUUCAAAAAAUGCAUGAAUUUUGAAUCUGAAACUAGAAAAUUUAACCCGGAAAAAGAUUCUUUUCUUUUUGAAUUUGCGCUAUAGGCCAUUCCGCGCUAGCUUGUCACGUUUUUCUUUCCGCCAAAAGGCCAGAUCAAAUUUAACCAACUUUCGCUUCAAGACCUUUGGUUCUUGCCGGUAUAAAAGCAGAAAUUUGAUCUAAAUUGGUAUACGGUCUUUUUGGCGGGAAGAAAAACGUGACAAGCUGGCGCGGAAUAGGCUAUAUGAAUUUUCAAGUUCCCCCCGCCCCCUUUUGUGAGAUUUCCAAAAUAUUAUUAGAAAGUAACAAAAAAGCGUUGAAACUAUAUUUUUUCUGAGGAAGAGGGUCCGAAACUUAACUUCAAUUCAUGAAAAAAAAAACACCAUCAAAUAGGGCUUUUGAAAUCAAAAUGAAUAAAUCUGUACAUCUCGUCCGUCGUGCCAAAAAUUUUCCUCCCAAAGUCGGGCAUUUGAUUUGAAAUUUUGUCGAACAUUGCAAGUCACACUCUUUUUUCCCCAUUUCCCUUAAUUUUUUUGACAUUUUCUUUCAAAAUUUACAGAAUUUUUUUAGUGGAGCCGACUUGGCCAAGCACCGAAUCGACUCAAAUAUGGACACCGAGCUGAGAAGAAUGUAUUCAGAAAAGGCGGAAAAAGAAAUUCGGGAGAAGGCCGAGGCUGACAGUGCUGUAAUUUUUUUGUUUUUUGAAAUCGAGUCCAAAAAUGAUACGAUACGAGUAGAUAUACAAUGGUUAAAAUGAGUUUAUUUACAACUAAUUAGGGAAUAUUCCAAAGAUCCAGAGACUGGAGAAGUUUUGUAAAAAGAAGAACCCACAUAUGUGAGAAUGGAAAGCAAAAAGGAGAUAUAUCUCCAAAAAUUUCAUGUCGAAAUAUUAUCUACAGUCUAUUUUUCGAUUAAAAAAAACAGUAUUUUAACAGUUUCCCAUUCGAAACAGAAAGAACGUCAAAAAGUCGGCAAGCUUAGGAAUCCCAGAGUGGACCCUAUAGGGGUUAGGGAAAAAAACAGCCCCUCUAGGGACCGAAAAAGUGGUCCCUAUAGGAUUAUAAUCAAAACGGUCCUUAGGGUUCGACCUCUUAGCCCAUAGAGUCUGUCCUCUUAGCCCUUAAAGCUUAAAUGGUCCCUAUAGGGGUCUUUUAUCUUCGUUUAAAAACGCUUAUUUAUUUAACUUUUCGCUUAGAAACGCUUCUUCGCAUAUAUUACAUGAAAAUUAUCGAUUAGCAGCAGCCACUAGCUAAAACCCCUAUAGAGACCACUUUUGCAAGCUUUAGUGUGCCGCUAUAGGGGUUGAUAAAUUGGUCCCUAGAGAUUACCCUCUGAUUGCCCCUAUAGGGGCCUCACUGGAAAUCUUAAAAGUGGUGGAAAGUUUGCUAGCAAUAUGAAAAAAAAAGUCCGAAUCCUGAGACCUCUUGAUACUUUCGAGAUGUCAAAGUUGGUUCCACUCGGAGAGAAUGGAGUCCCCCUGAAUCAGUUCGAAACGAGAGCCGCCUCGCCACUCGACGCCAGCGUCAAGGACCUAGAAUCUUUGAGUUUGUUCUUCAUUUUACAAAAACACCUCAACAUUUAUUUCCUUUAGUUCUGGAGCUGUACCCGCCCAACGCGACAGACACCGGUGAAUUCAGAUUAUUCUGGGUAUCAACUUGAAGUUUUUUCAGAACCCUACGACUUUGCUUCCGGAGACCUCUUAGACCUUUUGGGCGCUUCCGAAGCGAAUUCAACAAAGGAGACUUCUGGAGACGUCUUUGAGGCGUCUGCGGACAACGUUACUUUGGAAUCGUCUGCUGCUGAAGCUUCCGGAAUCUCAUCGUCUUCUAACUCGUCUGAAAUGUUGGAGUCGUCAGCUGAAGACGUUGUCAUUUUGGAGUCAUCCGGAGAGUCUUCUGGCUUGAAGAUGUGGCCUUCGCCUUCUGAAUCUUCGAACUAUUCGGAAACCGAAGAAGUCCCCGUGGAGUCUUCUGGCUUACCGUUGGAGUCGUCUUCUGAAGAAGUCGUCACUUUGGAAUCGUCCGGAGAGUCUUCUGGCUUGAGGCUGUGGCCAUUGUCAUCUGAGCCUUCGAACUCUUCGGAAACCGAAGAUGUCUCCCUCGAAACUUCUGGAGAAGCUUCGGGCUUGUCCUCAACUUCGGAAUCUUCUGGUGAUGUCGAAGGUAGGCUGGAAAAUAACUAUGAUUUAUCUUAAGACGUUUAGCUUCUGGAGACGAGUCUGGGUUGACGUUGUCGUCUUCUACCUCAUCUGAAUCUCCAGGUGACCUCGAAAAUGAGCUGGAAUGCUCUGGGAUUCGAGACAUUCCAUCGGAGUCUUCUGGAUACGCUUCCGGGGACGUCGAAGGUAUGCUGGAAGGAUUUUUAUUUUCAUCUGAAGACGUUGAAGCUUCUGGAGUUGCUGACGAUCGAGUUUCUGGAUCUUCUGGUGUUUCGCCGUCUUCUAACUCAUCGGAAAUUCGAAUCAUCCUACUUGAGUCUUCUGGAGAAAUCGAAGAAGAAGCUUCUGGCUCUAUGUCUUCCUCUGAAUCUUCUGGAGACGUCGAAGCAUCUGGAGAAGAGUCUUCUGGGCAAACAGAAGUUUUUGGUUAGUUUUUCUCACUUUUUUUUUUUCAAAUACUCAUUUUUUCAGGAAGUGGCAUCGAGUCUUCAGGAAUUGAAAGCAGUGGGGAAGGUUUUUGAAACUUUUUUUUUCAUAGAAAAUUUCAAAUUUCAGGACGCAGAAUCGUAAACUAA